CAUUCACUUUGAAGCCAGACCUUACACGCGAAUAGCAAGGGAGAGACCCGCAGCUGCUGGGUUACACACGAAACGACGAGAGAUUUUGUGUUGCAUUUGCAACAAUGGUGAUGGCUAAACGAGCAGGCCAAAUGCUGGGAGCUGCUGGAGCAGGGAUGGGGCAUCGGGCAGGGGGGGCCGGGAAGGAGGUCCAACCUGGGCCAGCCGCCUGCUGAGCUCCCGGAUCGCCUCUUUGCAGGUCGGAUCCACACUAGGGGGCUGGGGGUUGCGGACGGGCGCUGGGUUAGCGUCGUGUUUGAAGAGGGUUUCAAGUGCCUGGCGCAAGGACGGUUUCUAACUCCCGAGCUGCAGCGAGGCUGAGCCGUGCAUUGGAGUUUUCAGGCUCUUCAUCCGUGGUGGCUUCUCGUCGGGCGUUUGGGUUUUGUUUGUUGACUUUUGUGUUAAGGAAACACAGUGACCACAGACGUGCAAAAUCCCAGCGGUCCCUAAGGAAUUUACAGGAGCCAAAGAAGGCGAGAAGGAGGCUCUGGCACUAGCAUGGCAAACCUGGCAUAGAGGCUGUAAAGACUUUAGAUAGUAAAUUUUAGGAAAUGGGGUAGAAAAUAUCCCCCCCUUCCAUUUUUACAAUCCUCCAUUUUACCCAAACAUUUAAAAAAAUGGCAAAUUCCAGACUCUCAAGGUGGGUUUCUAGAACGAUUUCAGACAAACAAAACCACAUCAGAAAUAACCAUCUGACUUUUUUGUUGUUGCAAACUAUUGCCCUCCCCCACCCCCAAAGUCCUUGUCCUGAAAAAUAAAUGUAUUUCAGUGGGUGGCAGGCAUUCACAAAUGUGGUAAGUGAUUAAGGUGCAAUUUAACAUGGAGGGAAUUUCCUAAAAUGAGAUUUUCAUAAGAGCCUCUGGGAGUUAGGUGCCUAAAUACCAUCAAUUUUGGCAUUACUUUGCUCUCUUUACCUGAAUCAUUAAUCUAUAUAGUGUGCAGAUUUUUGUCUGUACUUUCCAACUGUUUUGUCCUCCAGAAGUUUACAGAGUUGUGUCUAGUUUUCCAAGUACAAAUCUUUACACAGUUUGCUUUGUGUGUUUGCUCUAUAUUCUUCCUUUCUGGGGUAAGGUGGUGAUGAUAAAUCUAUUUCUUCCUAAAUCCUGAUUAUUUCUCUUCCCGCCCCUCCCCCCAAAGGCAAGUUGUUCGUGAGCUAUAUUUCUUUCCCCUAAUUAAUUUUUUUUUGUUACAGAUACCAGAGUUCCACUUCUUCAAAUAAGAAGAAAGAUUUUCAGAACUACUAGAACUUGGUUGGAUCUGGAAAGAUUAAGGGUCUCUUCUGAACUGCUCCAGACACUAUGGAUUCUAUCAAGAUGUCCUGCAAGGCUGUCCUCAGGCGAGGCAGUAAGAGGCAGUGGAGCUGGCCUCGGCACUGGGAGAGGCUGGAUUUCCUGUCUCUUGGUGCUGAAUGGCUGCGAUGGCGCCCGCUCUCACUGACGCAGCAGCUGAAGCUCACCACAUCCGGUUCAAACUGGCUCCCCCGUCCUCCACCUUGUCACCUGGCAGUGCCGAGAACAACGGCAACGCCAACAACAUCCUUCUCACUGCCAACGGCACCAAAAGGAAAGCCAUUGCUGCAGAGGAUCCCAGUGUAGAUUUCCGUAAUAACCCUACCAAGGAGGAGCUGGGCAAGCUGCAGCCACUGGUGGCCUCUUAUCUCUGCUCGGAUGUAACAUCUGUUCCUUCAAAAGACCCUUUGAAGCUGCAAGGAGUCUUCAACAAGCAGACAGUUCUUAAACCUCACCCUCUCUUAUCUCAGUCUUUCUUGAAAACGAACGAUCUGUUGGGGAGACAGCCAGUGUUGGAGUUUUCUUUGGAAAAUCUAAAAAACAUGAGUACUAGUGGUCAGCCACCUCUUCCACAAGCACCUGUGAAUGGCUUGGCCAAGAAAUUGGCUAAAAGUACCAAUUCAGACCAUGAAAACUCCAGUUCACUUAAUGGUGGGAAGCGUGCUCCCCUCUCAACCACCCUCCAGGGUGUUGACCCUAACACUGCAGGGGGUUCUGAAUCAGGGGACUUGAAGACGGGUUUGACCAAUUGCACUCUCCCACACAGAAGCCUUGAUGCUGAGCGCACAACUCCAUUUAGCAAUAAUAGCACUGCAAACAAUGUGUCGCUUAAUUCUGCAGCGCAGCAGCGGGUGAUUGAAGGAGGCGGUGGAGAGAAUAGAUUGUCUGGUGUAGAUGCACAUUCUGAUUUUGGGAGCGGCAAGACAGGGGAGCAGAAGUCUCCUCUGUCAGCUAGUCUCUUCAGUGCCAUGGACUCUGAUUUGAGGACAAGGGCAGUGCUACGACGGCAGGCAGACAUUGAGAACCGUGCUCGCAGGCUGCAGAAGCGCCUGCAGGUGGUGCAGGCCAAGCAGGUAGAGAGGCACAUCCAGCAACAGCUGGGUGGCUUCUUGGAGGAGACUCUGAGUAAACUGCCAGACUUGGACUCUCUAAGGCAUCGGAGCCAGCUGAUGCUCACCCGCAAGGCAGAAGCAGCCUUGAAGAAAGCUGCAAGUGAAACAAGUACGUCGGAAGGACUAAGCAGCUUCCUGAAGAGCGACUCUAUUUCAGAGGAACUGGAGAGGUUUACAGCCAGUGGGAUGGCCAAUUUGAGAUCCAGUGAGCAAGCAUUUGAUUCGGAUGUCACUGAGAGCAGCUCAGGAGGGGAAUCUGACAUUGAGGAGGAGGAACUGACCAAAGCAGAACCAGAACAGCAUCAUGUACCACUGAGGAGACGGUCAGAAUGGAGAUGGGCAGCAGACCGAGCAGGUAUAGUCAGUCGCUGGAACUGGCUCCAAGCUCAUGUCUCAGACCUGGAAUACCGAAUCCGACAACAAACAGAUAUUUACAAGCAGAUUCGCGCUAAUAAGGGGCUGAUAGUCCUUGGUGACGCGUCAUCCCCAGAUACUGCAGUAGAUGAUGCAUCCCAUCCCCUUAGUGCCGAAGUUAAGCUGGAGCCCGGGACUGACAGACUGGGCGCUUCCAUUUCCCAGCCAGUAGUGAAUCUUGGUACAUCUGCUGGAAAUACUCCAGAAUCCCUUCCCUCCAAACCCUGUGGAGCACUGAGACCUGUCAAUGGAGUUAUUAACACUCUUCAGUCUGGCUUGGCCGAACAUGCUCAGGGAGAUGGCACAGAUGUUGAGGAGCUGUUGCAUAAAAAGCAGCGACUGAACAUGGUCUCUUCUCCUUCUGAUGGAACCUGUGUAGCAGCUCGCACCCGCCCAGUACUAAGCUGCAAGAAGCGACGGCUCGUUCGACCUAGCAACAUCAUACCCCUCUCCAAAAAGGUUCAUCGUAACAGCACGGUGCGAUGUAGCUGUGAUGUGAACCCGUUGUGUGCCAUCUGUGGCACUCGAAGCUCCAUAUCUCCGGAAAUCCAGUAUGAAACCCCUUUGCUGGAGCGCCUCUCCCAGCUGGAUUCCUGUAUUCACCCUGUUCUAUCAUUCCCAGAUGAUGUGCCGAUGAGCCUGCACUUCCAGAAUAUGCUGAAAUCCCAGUGGCAGAGCAAGCCCUAUGAGAAAAUCAAACCUCCCAAAAAGCUCUCGCUCAAGCAUAGAGCCUCCAUGUCGGCCAGUAGCCUGUCUGACCCUGCUCGCAAGGACCGCCACAAACUGGUCAACUCCUUCACAGCAGCCAAGUGCUCACAUCACAAAAUCCAACCAGACAAGGCACACAGACAGCCCUUAGACGAUCUAAUGGCUGUGUCCAAGGCCCAGAGAGCGCCAGAGCGCUCACUUAUCCUGCCUCCUGCACAUGACAAAAAGCAAUUGUGGGACUCCUCACCUGAGAGACGCGAAGUGUUAAAGCAUCACACGGAUGUCGGAGGCCCAAGUUACCUAUCAGCGACUGCAGCCUCUAUGCCCCACAGCCCCAUAGUGCGGCAGCUGUCCACAUCCUCUGAAAGUUCUGCUCCUGCCAGCACAAGUUCACAGGGCACUUCUGGCAUGUCUCAGCCGAGGAGGAGGAGAGGCGAAAGUUCCUUUGAUAUUAAUAACAUUGUCAUCCCGAUGUCUGUUGCUGCAACAACUCGUGUAGAGAAACUACAAUACAAAGAAAUCCUCACACCGAGCUGGCGUGAAGUGGAUAUCAGUGCUCUGAAAGUGAACCCUGAUGAAGACAAUGAGGAGAUUGAGGACCUGUCUGAUUCAGCCUUUGCUGCUCUUCAUGCCAAGUGUGAAGAGAUGGAGCGGGCAAGGUGGCUCUGGAGCACCAGUCUCCCCCCUCAGCGGCGAGGCAGCAGGUCUUACAGAUCAGCAGACGGUCGGACAACCCCUCAGCUGGGGAACCCCUCCACUCCCCAGCCACCGUCCCCCGAUGUGGGCAACUGCCACUCCCAUUCUGAAUUCUCCCCACGCAGUCCCGUCAGCCCCGAACUGCACUCUGCCCCUCUCACGCCUGUUUCCCGUGACUCCAUGCGGCUCUUGUCAAGUGAGGACACCCGUUGUUCCACACCCGAGUCUGGUCUGGACGAACAGGCUGUGCAGCCCUGGGAGCGACGCUACUUCCCGCUCUCCUACAACCCCAAGACAGAGUGCGAGGACCAAGCUGAUCCCCAGGACCGGUUGUCGCGCUGCACCCGGCGCACAUCGGGCGGCAAGUCCUCCCGGGAGACGGACAGCGCCCUCCCCAGCCCCAAGAGCCGGACCCCAGCCGUGGCCUCCUCAGCAGCAGCAACAGCAGUUCAGCGGCCGGCACACAGAUAGAGCCGGACAGGAGCAAAACCAACACACACAACUAACUCUUGGCAUUAAAGCUUCCGAAAUCUGCGUUUGAUAUUCAAACAUCCUGCCGGGAAUUUUCACAGUUUUUAGUGAAUUUAAGGAGUUUAGAAACUGUUUUCUUUUUGUUUGUUUUGUUUUUGGGUUUUUUUUCCAUGUUUCCUUGUCACACAAUAAGAGCACCCCAGCUUCCUCCCAGCAGAGUGAAGCCUCGGGAGGAGAGCAGUCUGCCAGACACCCUUCCGCCCCUCCCCCUUAGGUGUAUCAUUCUAGAGCACAGGAUUUAGCUGACUAGCAGACGUCGGGGAUUUUUCUCUUACUCUCUGCUGCCUGCUGCCUCCUCCCUGAAAAGUUUUAGUGGAGUGAAAUUAGUGGUGAAAAGUGAUGUCUUUGGAAUGCAACCUCCCGCACUAGCUGUCUCUCCCCACAUGCAGAGCUGAGAUCUGCAGUCUCUGCACCCCCAUCCGCUGUUGUUUUGUUCCCUAGGUUGUAGUUCCAGGUAUUACCUCCAUGAUUCCCCCAGGCUGCCUGCUGCAUUGCACUGUACUGCCCUUCAUUUCUUCCUUUCGCCACUCCUGCUUUUAGAGCAGCUGUUUGCUUCAUGGAGGACAAGACUUCCUGUCACUUCAGGAAAGGAAGGCCCCUCAUUAGCUGCUUCAUGCACAGCUCCAUGUGGGAGAGUGAGAUUUCGGAAGCAGCCUUGUUCAGUUCACACCUUGUGUUUAUACUGGGUGAAGGGCAGGGAAGUGGGAGUCAAUCCAGCAUGUUCUGGUGCUUCAGCAGGAGCAGAGUUUAUCCAGCACCCUUAAGGACUCCUUUUGCUGGGAUCUAGCUUGCUGCUGGCACCAGUACAUGCUUUGAUGCAGGAAAUGCAGUUCUGUUACCAACACUUUAAUUUCCCUUUGUGGUUUUUUACCCACCACAAUUAGAAAAUGUCAGGUUAGGUUAGCAGCCGGCCAUCAGAAUGUCACUUCUGUUACUGUUACUGCUUAGAAACCAUGAUGAGCUGCAGAUGCCAGGAGGAGUGUUCAGUUGGCAGGAGUAGGACUCAGCAAUUCACCAUAUGAAGUCUGCAGGCUGCAGUGCAUAGGCUGCUAAUGUUUGUUUCGCUUAAAUUGGUUUGAUCUAUUUAAAGAAAAAGCAAGUGUGGUGCUGCUCGAAGUCCAGCUCGCUUAGGAAAAGAUCAGGACUUGUUUUUCACCACUGCUUAACUCCACUUCCACACACAUUUUGAAAACCAAUGUUUAGUCAGUUUCAUUUUCAGGACUUUUUGGUCUGAUGAUCAUAAAGUUUGACAGGUAUUUUAUUUUAAAAUGGCACCACCGCUGCCCCCUCCUCUAGAGACUCCCGGAUCCCACACACCGUUCCCAUCUGUAACGUUCUCUGACCCUAGCGGUGUGGCUAUUGGUCCCUGUCCUGUUGUUAGCAUUGUGCCUGUCUUAUGUAUAAUCACAUCACCAAAAAAGGAAAAAAAAUACAAAGGACAUAAUUUUUUUUUUCCAUUUUGUAAUCGUAAAGAAAUAGUAGCUAAACUGCUUAAUGGUUGGGGUUUUUUCACAAUUUUCAACAUUAUCUAGUGUUUUUUGGUUCUGUUCUAGUUUAAAGGAUUUGUCAUCGUUUCUUUAAAAAAAAUGCUACCAUAUCCCUUUGCAUAAGUGCUUUUCUAUUUAUAAGGUUGAAAAUUCUGAAUAACCCUUUUAGCAUUAUAAAAAAACCACAAAAAAAACCACCUUGUAUUUUGUAAAUAUUUUUCUUUUCCUGCUUUGAGCUGUGUAAUGUCCUUGUUCUAUAGAAACGCUUUUCUUCUGAGAAGCUGAUCUUUGUUAAUGUCCUGAUUCUGUUUGCAAAGCACAAAUGUGCUUAUAAAAAAAAAAAGAAAAGAUUAAAAAAAAAUUAAAAAAUGUA